AUGGCUCGCCGCAGUCUUUCCGUCCUACUGGCGGCAUGUGCAGUCUUGGCACAAUGGGCGCAAGCGACGCCAGUACACAGUCACCGGGCAGCGCAUAUCGCAGCGCGGCCCAGACACUCACACGAUGCUCCAUCAAUACGGCACCUCGAGAUACCUGAAGAACCAGAAACCAGACUUGGCCGAAGAUCAGAGAACGACACCUCAGACGAUGUCGACGAUCGAACGUGGCUUGAUGACCAUUCCGAUCUGCAACAAAGCGAUCUCGCUGAUUUGCUGGAUGAGCUAGGCCUCAGCUACGGUGACGUGAGAGAACUUGUCAAAAGAUAUGGCGCGGGUCAGACGCCUCCACAACAAUGUACCAGCACUGUCACGACGACCCUACUGCCGACAGCGACUGCUUCUCAGCCAUCAAGUCAGCCGACGAACAGCAGGCCACCUCCAAGUAGCGGGACCGGAGCCAGAAACAUGAAUGUGGUCUACUACGCCCAGACGCCAGCCACCGCUCAGGUGCCUCUCACAACGAUAUGCAACGAUACCAACAUAGAUAUCGUCAUACUUGCCUUCGUCACCGAUCUCUUCACUGCCGGAGGCUAUCCAACAGUAAGUUGA